UGACAUUUUUCAUGUUGGCAAUGCUUGACACAUAGGGGGCGUGUCUGGUGUUGAGCGAAUGCAUCAUUCGAAAGCAACCCCUCUAGCUUCAUCGGAAAACUUUGCAAAUUUAGGCGAAAUAUUGUCAUGAGUGGCAGAGAACACUCCAAAGUUUACUUCUUGCUAAAGCGUUUUAAUCGACGCCCUGUGGUUUAACAACUUAUCAUAGUCCUAGUAAGUCGCAAGGCUGCACAACCAGUCAGAACGGCAAUUAUGGUUUAAAAAGUCGUCCUUACGUGCAGAAACGUGCUAAAAAUUUUGGCUAGUGACUCAUUAAAGGAUAUUUUAAUUGUUCGUGUUUAAAAAGCACCAAAAUGUCAGUUGAAGAUUUCAAAACCCUGUUGUGGGGAGACUCUUUGAAAGAGGAUGUCUUCAGAAGAUGGUCGCAAGGAUUCGUGUUUAGUGAAUUGGAGCCAACCGCUCUGGUUCAAUGGGAAGGAGGUCCGUGUGCAGUUUUGGCCCCAGUUCAAGCAUUUAUCCUGAAAUCGCUUCUCCAGAAAAUCACUUUACGGGAGCAAUGGCGAACGGUGGAUCCUAGUCAAAGUAACUUGUUGCUAGCAAGUGCCUUGAGUGAAGUUCUGCUCCAGGCCGCGAUCGAAGGUCAUUCCGUCAAACUUGUGCAUCUCGAGGAGGCUUCUCAGGUGUCAAGCACUGUUGGGGAACCACCUGCCGAAGAGGCCCCACAAGAAGAUCAAGCAAUGCCAGAAUCUGAAGUUACACCUGCUAAGCCAGACUGUGAAGUUUGUUCAUCUGAUUUUCACGAAAGACUCCAAAUCACCAGUUUGAGCAGAGAAAAUUUGCUUGCAGAAAUUGAAAGUCGUAUUGACAAACUCAAGUCCACUUAUGGUGUUCUACUUUUUCUAUACUCUGUCCUGUGCACCAGGGGGUCCGAGGUGUUGAAGGAAGAGCUCUCUGACACUUGCGAGCCAAUGAUUGAUGCAAGCCAUGGAUACGGCAGCCAGAGUUUGAUUAAUUUGUUGCUGACUGGCAGAGCUGUCGGAUAUGUCUGGGAUAGUGUCCGAAAUGUUGGUGGUCUUGAUCUGAAAGGCAUUGACAAGCAGAGCGAGGUGGGAUUCCUUACUUUGCUGGAACACAUGCGUCUUGUCGAAGUUGGUUCUUUCUAUAAGAGUCCAAUAAACCCUGUUUGGGUUUUGGGCAGUGACACCCACCUUACAGUUUUGUUUUCAAUGGAGUGCAAGCUGGUCAGCCCAGAAACUGCCAGUGAGGCUGGACGCAGAGUGUUCAAGCAUUUUGAUCCUGAGGGGAACAACUUCAUUCCCACCAAAUCCUUGACAGACGUUCUCAAUGCUUUAAAUUUAGUUUCGGAACCAGAAUAUGUUGAAAUUAUCAGGAAAAAGUUGGAUAGUGAAAAUUUGGGCAUCAUCCUGUUGAAUGCUUUCAUGGAUGAGUUUUUCCCGAAUGAAAAUAGUUCCACGCCAGAUACAUUUCCCCUCUAUCAUUACAACGGACUACCUAGAUCUUGCCCCAAUGGAAAGGUGGAGUAUGUUGAAGGCCAGGCUGUGACUCUAGAGAGUUUGGUUGGACCAAGCAUGUCUGACAGUAACACGAUGUUAACGUGCCUGCAAACCAAGUGGCCAAGUUUGGAAGUCCAGUGGACAGCAUGUGCUACCCCCUCUUUGAAUUAAUUAAUUUAGGUAUUUGUGAGGAAAAAGAAAAGACUUGUUGGACAGCCAAAGUGUUGGAAUAUUUUUUGUCUCUGCUUAGUUAUGUGACAUUAAAAAGUUUUUGAUCAAACUUUCGCUGUAUUCAAUGCAUUUUACAAAUUUUAAAAUAAAAAUCAAAAUAACAUCAUUAA